GUCGGUGUGUACCGCGGGUGUUUACGGUGCGCGCGCGCGUAUGUGUGUGGCGCGCGCGUGUUCGCUAACCGCAGUUGUUCAACACAACGCUUUGUCGUCUAUCGACGGGCCCACUGCGAAACGCGCCCCGCACGCGACUACCAAGCGACGGAACGCGACGACGCACCGGUCCGCGGCACCACUGCCGCCUCCGACCGAAAAUAUCAUUUGAUAUUAUCAAUAAUAAUAUUAGUAUAAUAUUUCGCCGGUCCCGCGUGACAACGAUGCGGUCGCGUCUGGCAGAGCUGCAGCAGCAGUGAGCUUUUCCAGCGGCCGUCUUUUCCGAGUACGAACUACGAAGUGAGCGAGCCAUCGACCGAUACUCUGCCAAAACCCGACACAAACCAACCGAAAUGCUACACUCCUACGAACAUAUCGUCGACGCUCAACAGUCGUCGGUCGGAGACGAGUUGUACAAUCUGACGCAAUUGGCCGAAGUCAGUAUCGUCUACUUCAGACAACACACGGCUACGAUCAUCGACGGUCCGAAUGCCUACGAAAAGGACAUCAAGAAAAACGAUGUUGACGACAACAACCAUAAUACAAUAACUGCAGAGCAAACGACGAAAAAGACAACCAACAACAAGGAACGUCAGUGUCCGGAUUGUGGAAAAUGUUACAGCACGUCUAGUAACUUGGCCCGACACCGACAGACGCACAGGUCGCUGGCUGAUAUCAAAGCCAGACAUUGUCCCCACUGCGACAAGGUCUAUGUAUCAAUACCAGCUUUUUCGAUGCACAUGCGAACACAUAGUCAGUCAUGCAAAUGUGGCAUUUGCGGUAAAUGCUUCUCCAGGCCAUGGCUGUUGCAAGGGCACAUUCGCACCCACACGGGUGAAAAGCCUUACGAGUGUGAAAAAUGUCGUAAAGCAUUUGCAGAUAAGUCAAACUUGCGAGCUCAUUUACAGACUCAUUCUACAGAGAAACCACAUGUAUGUCAGAAAUGCAAAAAGGCAUUUGCACUGAAAUCUUACUUGUACAAACAUGAAGAAUCAGCUUGUGGUAAAAUUACAUUGUUGAACAACAAUAACAACAACGAUUAGGAACCCCUUUUUUUUAUUAGAUUUAAAAAUCAAAAGUUCUAAACAAUUGUAUUUUUUUUGUAUAUAUUGAUAUGAGUUUUUCUUUACUAUUUUUUUCUUCUUGAACUGUUUGAAAAUAAACUAUUACUUUUUAGUGACCACUUAACAUUUGUGCUAGAAAUGUAUAAUACAUUUUUAACAUUUUUAUAUUUAAGUACAUUUUAAAAUACUUGGACAGUUUUAACAAAUAUUACAACAAUGAAAGUUUUCUUAUUUUA